AUGCCAAAAGAGAAAAGGUCUUCAAGUGUCGUAAAUACUCUAUCUCCAAUUCGCUCUCCUUUACAACAGGAUAUCAUUGAUCCCAGAUUAGCUAAGGAUGAUAACGAGCUUUUAGCUGAAAUCGGUUACAAACCCGAAUUAAAGAGAUACUUUUCUACUUUACAAGUCUUUGGUGUCGCCUUUUCCAUUAUGGGUUUAUUGCCCUCUAUUUCUUCUGUUAUGGCAAUAGGUUUAACUGGUGGAACUGUUGGUUUAGUCUGGGGUUGGUUUAUUGCCUCGAUAUUCAUCUUGCUCGUCGGUAUCACCAUGUCUGAACUAGGUAGUGCAAUUCCAACCAGCGGUGGUUUAUAUUAUUGGACUUAUCAUUAUGCUCCAGAAAGCUUAAAAAUCCCUUUGAGUUUUUUAAUCGGUAACUCAAACACUUUAGCUUUAACUGGUGGGUUAUGUUCAAUCAACUAUGGUUUCGCUAGCGAAGUAUUGGCUGCUGUUGCAAUUACUUACGAUGGUGAUUUCGAAAUUACAACUGCUAGGACCUAUGGUGUAUUUGCUGCCUGUGUCGUUAGUCACAUCAUAGUUUGUUGUGGUGCUUCAUCCAAAAUUUCUAGAUUACAAACUUUCUCAAUUGUCUGUAAUGUCUCAUUAAUUAUUCUUUUUCUCGUUGCUUUACCAAUUGGAACCGCCAAAAAUACUUCUGGUUUUAGAGAUGCUAAAUUCAUCUUUGGAAAGUUCGAAAAUUUAUCUGAUUGGCCCGAUGGAUGGCAAUUCAUGUUGUCUCUUAUGCCUGCUGUUUGGACAAUUGGUGGAUUUGAUAGUGUUAUUCAUUGUUCUGAAGAAGCCACAAAUGCUUCCAAAUCUGUUCCAAUUGGUAUCAUUGGUGCCAUUGCCUCUUGUGGUAUCUUAGGCUGGGUCAUCAUUAUUAUGAUUUGUGCUUGCAUCAAUGAAGACAUUGAAUCUGUUCUUAAUAGUCCAUUUGGGGUUCCAAUAGCUCAAAUUAUAUAUGAGGCCUUGGGUAAAAAAUGGGCAAUUGCUUUUAUGGCUUUAAUUGCCUACUGCCAAUGGUUAAUGGGUGCUUCUAUCUUAGUCGCCAUUUCAAGACAAGUUUGGGCUUUUUCAAGAGAUAAUGGUCUACCAUUCAGUUCUUUCAUCAAAGUCGUUUACAUAAAAUGGUCUGUUCCUAUAAGAUCUGUUUGUUUCGCUGGUUGUUUGGGUAUCGUUGUCGGUUUAUUGUGUUUAAUUGGCUCUCAGGCUGCCAAUGCCUUAUUCACCUUAGCUGUUAGUGCAAAUUAUCUUUCGUGGGGAACUCCAGUCUUCUUAAGGUUUGUAUUUGGUAAAGAUAUUUUCAAACCAGGUCCAUUUUAUUUGGGUAAAACUUUAUCCCCAAUCAUUAAUUGGAUUGCUCUAGCUUGGGUUGCAUUUAUUAUUGUUUUAUGCAUGUUUCCAGCUUCUAAAUCGGUUGAAAAGGAAACUAUGAACUAUACCGUUGUGAUUACUUGUGGAAUAUGGAUUUCUUCAAUGGUAUAUUACUACGCCUAUGCUCAUAAAAAUUAUUUUGGCCCUAGAAAGACUAUUAAUGAAAUUGAUGAUUCUUCAAAAGAAGAUAUCAAUGAUUUGAAAGAUCUAGGUAUGACCUCAGUUAAUGCUGCAUAA